AUGGCAGACCUCUACCCUUCGAUGGCACAGUGUGCCGUCGUCGCCACUGCCCUUAAAAUCCUCCUAUUUCCAGCCUACAAAUCCACAGAUUUCGAGGUUCACCGGAAUUGGCUGGCCAUAACUAAUUCCCUACCCCCUCAAGAAUGGUACUACGAGAAAACAUCCGAGUGGACGCUGGACUAUCCACCGUUCUUCGCCUAUUUCGAGUGGAUAUUGUCUCAAGGCGCACGCUUCGUCGAGCCCCAUCUCCUCAUCGUCAAGAACCUCAACUAUGACAGCUGGCAGACCGUGUACUUUCAAAGAGCAACAGUCAUACUCACUGAACUAGUGCUGGUCUAUGCGUUGCACUUAUAUGUCAAAGGCUCACACUCAAAGAAGACCGCGCACGCGGCAGCGAUUUCGAUUCUGUUAUCUCCUGGAUUGCUGAUUAUUGACCACAUUCACUUUCAAUACAACGGCUUUCUCUAUGGUAUCCUUGUCCUAUCUCUUGUGCUUGCCCGAGACCGGUCGACCCUCCUACCGAGCGGUCUGCUCUUCGCUUCGUUGCUUUGCCUGAAGCAUAUCUAUCUCUACUUGGCUCCCGCGUACUUCGUCUACCUUCUUCGGGCCUAUUGCCUAAACCCAGAAUCGAUCUUUCGCGUCAGGUUCGGCAACGCACUGACGCUUGGUGUCGGCAUCUCUGCCGUCUUUGCCACCGCUUUUGGGCCGUUCGUGUACUGGGGACAGACCGCACAAGUCUUGAGCAGACUCUUUCCCUUCUCGCGAGGCCUAUGCCACGCUUACUGGGCUCCCAAUGUAUGGGCCAUGUACUCCUUCACAGACAGAGUUCUAAUCUACGUGGCGCCAUAUGUGGGAUUAACCGUCGAUAGCUCCGCAGUCAAUAGCGUAACACGAGGGCUCGUAGGAGAUACGUCUUUCGCGGUGCUUCCGGACGUGCCGCCCCGCGCGACCUUCCUCCUAACUUUGUUCUUCCAAGUUAUAUUCCUGAUCAAGUUGUUCUUAAAACCGACUUGGGACACAUUUGUUGGCGCUGUCACGCUUUGCGGCUACGCGUCCUUCCUGUUCGGAUGGCACGUACACGAGAAAGCGAUUUUGCUUGUCAUCAUACCUUUCAGCCUUCUCGCGCUAAAAGACCGUCGGUAUCUUGGCGCAUUCCGUCCGCUUGCCGUGGCCGGACAUGUGUCCCUGUUCCCCCUGAUUUUCACAGUUGCGGAAUUUCCAGUCAAGACAGUGUAUACUAUCUUCUGGCUUGUGCUCUUCCUGCUAAGUUUUGACCGCCUAGCCCCUGCCUCAUCCCAGGCUCGUGUCUUCCUUCUCGACCGGUUCACCCUACUGUAUGUAGCGGUGGCUAUCCCUUUGAUCGUGUAUUGCUCGUUGGUACACCCAAUAGUCUUUGGACAGAAGUAUGAGUUCCUGCCUUUGAUGUUCACAAGCUCUUACUCGGCUGUUGGGGUUGUUGGGAGCUGGGUCUAUUACAAGCGAAAGCCUGUUAUACCGCUCCCCGAACCACCUUUCCUCGACGAUCAUACUGAAGUUUGGUGUAUCGAGCAGACACAGGAGGUCUUUGUCGAUUACGAGAAAUAUCUCGCGAGGCGCGAUUUCUACAGCCAGAGGAAGUUCACGUGCAACGCGACUGGCCACUCUGGACUGACAUUCUUCGAGGCUCUGGAAAGCGAGAUGGAUACUGUCAAGGAAAUCGACUCCUUCUUUCCGGAGGCGUUGCGCUCUCGGAUGCUCCAUUAUGUCCAAUUCCAGCGUACCUCUCGAAUGGAUGACCUAGUCAACGUUGUCUUUGAACGAUUCAGGGAAGAUUACAUGGUCGGGGACCGCGUCGUGGUGGAAGAGCAUGGCAGUCGGUUGCAUGGACAGAUUAGAGACAUAACGGACCCCAAUCCGAGUAGCAAGUUCAAUGACGGCACCUCGGACUCGAGCAAGCCAAUACUUUACUACAUCUCGUUAAACACCAGCAACGACGAGACCACCAAGCUCGGCUGCAAGGAGUUUUCCAGGGAUCGCAACUACUACUCCAAGCUGCUCUUGAAGUCCUUCCUGAGAAACGCGGUUUCCCGAGAGAACUGGGCCGGCGCACCGUGGCUAGUCAAGGAAAAGCUUGCUACACAGUAUGGCAUCGACACCCAAGUCCCGGAGACGAAGACGCGUGACGCGGUGAUGGCGGCGAAGAAGGCCGCUAACGCGGCAAACGCGAACGCGGCAGCCAUGCCACCUCCACAACACCAAACACAGCCAGUUGAGCACGGAGGAACCUUCUUCAAUUUCCUGGCCAGUCACAACCAGGCCCAGAUGCAGAACCACCAACACUGGGGCGCAGAUCCCAAUCGGCCGGUGCUCAAGCCGCAGAAGCAGAUGUCCAUCGAGGGCUUCGCGCGACAGCAGCAGUUCCAGAUGCCGCCACACUUGCCUGGCAGAGUCGCUCAGUUUCUGCCAAUGCAAGGACAGAACGGCGUGCCGAAUGGCGUGCCGAACAACUUUCAUCACAUCCAGCCUGGCAAUGGUCUGCCCAUCAACCUGCCGUUCCAGAACCAGUUCAUGCAGUAUCAAGUCCUUCGGCCAACCGCACCACCGACACAUCAUCCAGCGCCGCCGGCUCCGCCACCAAUCAAGUACCCCAUCGAAGACCUGGAUGUUCGAUCGCGCCCAGACGCGCCCCCGCGUCCUCAGCUCAAGUUCUUCACCGACGAUGUUCCCGCAGGAGUCGAUCCUCUUGAGAAGAAGACUGGCAUACUGAUGAAGUCCAUCGGUCCUCUCCUGUGCACCUGGGAGACGUUGAAUGUCCACGAAACUGUCUUCCACCUGGACUCGUUCACCUUCGACGACUUUGUUGAGGCCAUGCAAUACGUUCCAGACCCGGAAGAUUGUGAGCUUUUCGUCGAAGUUCAUUGCGCCGUCCUCUCUCAGCUUAUCGAUGAGAAGGGCAAUGUGCUAGUAGCUCUUCCGAACAUUGAAGGCUCCCAAGAUGGAUCUGGAGACGGGGAGGAGUCCAGCCUCUUGUCAUCGCCCGAGCCCGAGGUAGAGGAAAAGCCCCCAGCGAGGACAACGCGCAGCAGCCUAGCAAAGUCUGAAGCGGCUGCUCUUGCCAAGCGCAGCCCAAGCGUCGCCGCCGAACCGAAGUUGGUGCACAAAGCAGCAGAAUUCCUGAACGACUACGAUUGGAUCGACCGCUGUGCCUCUCGAGACUACGUCAACGGGGGCUGGGAGGCAAUGAUGGUAGGACUGAUCUACAAUGUGUCCUUCAUCCCCCAACAGAAGGAUGUGUGCGAGGAAAUUCUCACUCAGCUUGUUCCGGUGGAUGAAGAGCCCACCAUCGAGAAUGUAAAGCUUCAUUACGACAAUCUCGACGUCAACCUUCGAGCAGCAGCUCUAGAGAUCGCAUGCAUGCUAUCUGUUCGCACCGUCAAUUUCAGGGCAGAACUCGCCAAGGCUGCGGAGGAGAUGACAAAGAUCCGGAAGCAGAAGAUCGAGUACCAGAGAGAAAAGAAAGUUUUGGUCGAUGAACUGCAGAAACUCGAUCAGGAUCGGAAGAUGAAGCUUCCCGCUAACAUGAUGGCAUCCCCAGUACCGGAACUGAACGGCUCGCCUGAUGUAACAAUGACCGGAACAGAAGAGCCACAAGAUGCUGCGGAGGCUGAAAGCAGCGCUGAAGAGGAACCAAAGCGAGGAUCUCGCAAGACCCGACACACCAAAUCCUUGAAGCGGAAGCGGGAAGAAGAGGAAGCAAAGAAGGAAAAGGCCAAGAAAGACAAGAUCGAGGCCGCCAAGAACAAACAGUCAGCCGAAUGGAGAGAGCUUUUGGAGAGCAUCGAAGCCAAAAAGGAGGAGAUCAAGCUGUGCGAAGAUUCAAUUGAAGAACAAGACAAUGACCUCAGAGAAACUAGUGUCCAGCGCAGCAAGUGUCUCGGCAAGGAUCGCUUCAUGAAUCGUUACUACUGGUUCGAGCGCAACGGAAUGCCCUAUGGCGGUCUUCCCCUGAGCUCGACGUCAAACUACGGAUAUGCCAAUGGGCGCUUGUGGGUGCAAGGUCCUGACAAGACGGAAAUGGACCCAUUGACCUCGGAGCCGAUGGUGUCCAAGGACAAAGAGAUACUCGGCAUCACUGUUCCGGAACGUAGAGUGAAGGAGGAAGGCGUCACCCGUCUUGAGGACUCGACACAAUGGGGCUACUACGACGAUCCGGAAGCUGUCGACAAGCUCAUGGGAUGGCUCGACGAACGCGGUCAGCGCGAAAAGGCGCUUCGUAAGGAUCUGCAGAUCUUCCGCGAUCCUAUCAUCGAGCAUAUGGUGAAGAUGAAGGAUCACCUUUCCCACUCGGACGACACCAGGGUUGAAGAAGAUGACAGCCCCAAGCGCUCGACUCGUAGGCGCAACUCUGAGACGGACGUGGCCGUGCCGAACUGUUGCAAGUGGACCAACAAUAUCAUGCGAGAGGAAUUUGGCUAUUCUCACUCGGAACAAGGCAAGCCCAAGCCCAAGCCCAAGAAGGGCGUAGCCACCAAAGUCAAGGCUAAGAGCAAGCCUACGACUCGACAAGGCACGAGGUACGGGAAGUAG